AUGAGGUUGGCGGACGGGCGGGAGCACGAGGUAGUCGGACUGGUCCUGCCGGGCAUCGGCGGUAUCACCUUAGGGAUGCCGUACCUCCGGGAGCAUCGAGCGGAGCUCGAUGUCAGCGGGGGGCGGCUCCAGUUAGACGGUCAGCCGCUGCGGCUGACCCAGCGGGCCGGCAAAUCCCCCGGCGGAGGGGCCGCCACCGCAAGAGGAAGUGAGGCGCUGAAGGAGGCCCUCGGGAACGUCGGGGACGGGACCGGAGGGCGGCGCCGGCUGGAGGCACUGCUCCUGGAGCACGAGGAGGUGUGGUGCGGGGAGGACUUGGGCCGGACCACUGUGGUGGAACACGGCAUCGAGGUGACCGACCCGAGGCCGGUCGCGUGUCGCGGGCGGCGGUACAAUGACGCCCAGAAGGCUAUCAUCGAGGCGGAGGUCACCGCCAUGUUGGAGAAGGGGGUGAUCCGCCCGAGCCGGAGCCCGUACGCCUCCGGGAUCGUCCUCGUCAAGAAGAAGACGGGCGAGAGGCGGUUCUGCAUUGACUACCGCCCCCUCAACGCCGUCACG